AGAUUUCUUAAUUUAAAGUCAAGAGAUGAGUCCUCUGGAAAAGAAUUAUGCUUCCUUGUCUUCAAAAAAUCACAUAGAAUCUCUUAGGCAGUGGCAGCAAUGUUACCACAAUGAUUUGAGCUGCCCUAUCUGCCUCCAGUCUGCUACUUUCCCAGUAAAAACCAACUGUGGACAUUUAUUUUGUGGUUCCUGUCUGAUUGAAUAUUGGAAACAUGGGGCUUGGCUUGGAGCGAUCAGCUGCCCACUCUGCAGGCAGAAAGUUAUUCUUCUAUACACCAUCUCUUGUGAAAACCAACCUGACAAGCAAAGCAAACAAACUGUGUAUGAUAUCAGAGAUUAUAACAAGCGCUUCUCAGGACAACCUCGGCCUUUUACAGAUUACCUUUACGACAUGCCACUUCUUCUCAAUCUUGCCAUACGAGGACUCUUCACCUUGGGUGGACUUGUGUGGAUCUUCUUCCUCAGAGUUGUCGUCUGCUCUUUUGGAACCAUAAUGUGCUUAACUUCUCCAUUUGAUGUCAUGCCUGAACCUCUUUGUGGAAUCCUGGGUGCAGUUGAUGACCUAGUUGUUGUAUUCCUACUUUUAAUUUGUAUGAUAAACAUUUGCUCUCAAAUAGAAUCAGAAGGGGCGAAUAUGACAAACUCUACAACUCAAAACAUCCUGUUGGAAUCACAAUGAGCUGCAGUACUGGUUCUUCGUAAGGUUAAACUGACCAGGCAAGACUGAACUCUCUCAGCGUUCGGAAAGAACACAGAAUCAACUUAGCUUUGAAGAAGGUUGAUGUCCUGGAGUUUACAAAACAGCAACAGACAACAUGUUGGUUGGUGUCUCUAAGACCAAUGAUGUCGACAAGUCUGUAGUGAUGCUCUGCUAUUGUUCAAAAAAAAUCACAUCAAUUUCACAUCUGUGGUACUUAGUUUGACUUGUGGGGUUCCCAAUUGCCAAGAGAUUCCGUUUUACAUUUCAAUGGCACAGAUACAGCUAAAAUAAAUAAAUACAUAAAUACAUUUAAACUUGAAAAUAUGGCAACUUUUAU